GGCGGCGAUGGCUAGCGCGCCCCUACCUGGGCCCCCCGCGUCGGCGGGCGGGGACGGCCCGAACCUCAAUAACAACAACAACAACAACAACCACAGCGUGCGCAAGUGCGGCUACCUGCGCAAGCAGAAGCACGGCCACAAGCGCUUUUUCGUGCUGCGCGGCCCCGGCACGGGCGGCGACGAGGCAUCCGCGGCUGGGGGGUCGCCGCCGCAGCCUCCGCGGCUGGAGUACUACGAGAGCGAGAAGAAGUGGAAGAGCAAGGCGGGCGCGCCGAAGCGAGUGAUCGCGCUCGACUGCUGUCUGAACAUCAACAAGCGCGCGGACGCCAAGCACAAGUACCUGAUCGCCCUCUAUACCAAGGACGAGUACUUCGCCGUAGCGGCGGAGAACGAGCAGGAGCAGGAGGGCUGGUACCGCGCACUCACCGACCUGGUCAGCGAAGGCCGCUCUGGCGAUGGGGGCUCCGGCACCACUGGCGGCUCUUGUAGCGCCUCUCUCCCGGGAGUCCUGGGCGGCUCGGCGGGCGCCGCUGGCUGCGAUGACAACUACGGGCUCGUGACGCCCGCCACGGCAGUCUACCGCGAGGUGUGGCAGGUGAACCUGAAGCCUAAGGGACUGGGCCAGAGCAAGAACCUGACUGGUGUAUACCGCCUAUGCCUGUCUGCGCGCACCAUCGGCUUCGUGAAGCUCAAUUGCGAACAGCCGUCGGUGACGCUGCAGCUUAUGAACAUUCGCCGCUGCGGCCACUCGGACAGCUUCUUCUUCAUCGAGGUGGGCCGUUCGGCCGUCACAGGUCCCGGCGAGCUGUGGAUGCAAGCCGACGACUCGGUGGUGGCGCAGAACAUCCAUGAGACCAUCCUGGAGGCCAUGAAAGCACUCAAGGAGCUCUUCGAGUUCCGGCCUCGCAGCAAGAGUCAGUCGUCCGGGUCGUCAGCCACGCACCCCAUCAGCGUGCCGGGCGCGCGCCGCCACCACCACCUAGUCAAUCUACCCCCUAGCCAGACCGGCCUGGUGCGCCGCUCGCGCACUGACAGCCUGGCAGCCACCCCGCCAGCAGCCAAGUGCACUUCGUGCCGGGUUCGUACGGCCAGCGAGGGCGACGGCGGCGCGGCAGGCGGGGCCGGGACGGCAGGAGGCAGGCCGAUGUCGGUGGCAGGGAGCCCCCUGAGUCCCGGGCCGGUGCGCGCGCCCCUUAGCCGCUCGCACACCCUGAGCGCCGGUUGCGGAGGCCGCCCGAGCAAAGUGACUCUGGCGCCGGCAGGGGGAGCCCUGCAACACAGCCGCUCCAUGUCCAUGCCCGUGGCGCACUCGCCGCCUGCAGCCACCAGCCCAGGCAGCCUGUCCUCCAGCAGUGGGCACGGCUCGGGCUCCUACCCGCUGCCUCCUGGCUCCCACCCGCACCUGCCUCAUCCGCUGCACCACCCCCAAGGCCAGCGUCCGUCCAGCGGUAGUGCCUCCGCCUCGGGCUCCCCCAGCGACCCGGGUUUCAUGUCCCUUGACGAGUAUGGCUCCAGCCCUGGCGACCUGAGAGCCUUCAGUAGCCACAGGAGCAACACACCUGAGUCAAUCGCAGAGACCCCGCCAGCCAGAGACGGCAGUGGGGGCGAACUCUAUGGGUACAUGAGCAUGGAUAGGCCCAUGAGCCACUGUGGCCGCCCUUACCGUAGGGUCUCAGGGGAUGGGGCCCAGGACCUGGAUAGAGGACUGAGGAAGAGGACUUAUUCCCUAACCACGCCUGCCCGGCAGCGGCAGGUACCCCAACCUUCCUCUGCCUCUCUAGAUGAAUAUACUCUCAUGAGGGCCACCUUCUCUGGCAGUUCAGGUCGCCUCUGCCCGUCCUUCCCUGCGUCCUCUCCCAAAGUGGCCUACAACCCUUACCCAGAGGACUAUGGAGACAUUGAGAUUGGUUCUCACAAGAGUUCGAGCAGUAACCUGGGGGCAGAUGAUGGCUACAUGCCCAUGACCCCUGGGGCAGCCCUCAGGAGUGGUGGCCCCAAUAAUAAGAGUGACGACUACAUGCCCAUGAGCCCCACCAGCGUGUCUGCUCCCAAGCAGAUCCUGCAGCCACGUUUGGCAGCAGCCUUGCCCCCCUCCGGAGCAGCCGUACCAGCACCCCCUUCAGGGGUGGGCAGGACCUUCCCAGUGAACGGAGGCGGCUACAAAGCCAGCUCCCCAGCGGAGAGCUCCCCAGAAGAUAGCGGGUACAUGCGAAUGUGGUGUGGCGCCAAGCUGUCCAUGGAGAACCCAGACCCUAAGCUGCUCCCCAAUGGGGACUACCUCAACAUGUCCCCCAGCGAGGCAGGCACCGCAGGGACCCCACCUGACUUUUCAGCAGCUUUGCGUGGAGGCGGUGAGAGCCUCAAAGGUGUCCCCGGCCACUGCUACAGCUCUUUGCCCCGCUCUUACAAGGCUCCCUGUUCAUGCAGCGGAGACAAUGACCAGUAUGUGCUCAUGAGCUCCCCUGUAGGCCGGAUCUUGGAAGAGGAGAGACUGGAGCCCCAGACCGCCCCAGGGACUGGCACUUUUGGGGCAGCUGGUGGUAGUCAUACCCAGCCUCAUCACUCAGCAGUGCCUUCCUCCAUGAGGCCAAGUGGCAUCGGCGGCCGCCCUGAGGGCUUCCUGGGCCAGCGCUGUCGGGCAGUGCGACCCACACGUCUGUCGCUAGAGGGACUGCAGACCCUUCCCAGCAUGCAAGAGUACCCCCUACCCACAGAGCCCAAGAGCCCAGGCGAGUACAUCAACAUUGACUUUGGUGAGGCAGGGACCCGACUGUCUCCGCCUGCCCCCCCACUGCUGGCAUCUGCGGCCUCAUCCUCUUCACUGCUCUCAGCCAGUAGUCCUGCUUCCUCCCUGGGUUCAGGUACCCCCGGUACCAGCAGCGACAGCCGGCAGCGCUCUCCGCUCUCUGACUAUAUGAACCUGGACUUCAGUUCUCCUAAGUCCCCUAAGCCUAGCACCCGCAGUGGGGACACAGUGGGCUCUAUGGAUGGCCUUCUCUCUCCAGAGGCCUCAUCCCCAUACCCACCACUGCCCCCACGUCCUUCUGCUUCCCCUUCCUCCUUACAGCAGCCUCUGCCACCUGCCCCAGGAGACUUAUACCGCCUGCCUCCAGCAUCAGCUGCCACGAACCAGGGUCCCACUGCUGGCUCCUCAAUGUCCUCUGAGCCUGGGGAUAAUGGUGACUAUACCGAGAUGGCCUUUGGUGUGGCCGCCACCCCGCCACAACCUAUCGCGGCACCCCCAAAGCCAGAAGGUGCCCGAGUGACCAGUCCCACAUCGGGCUUGAAGCGGCUAAGUCUCAUGGAUCAGGUAUCUGGGGUGGAGGCCUUUCUUCAAGUCAGCCAGCCCCCUGAUCCCCACCGGGGUGCUAAGGUCAUCCGUGCAGACCCACAGGGGGGACGUCGUCGCCACAGUUCAGAGACCUUCUCCUCUACCACCACCGUCACCCCAGUGUCCCCAUCCUUUGCCCACAAUUCCAAGCGCCACAAUUCAGCCUCUGUGGAAAACGUCUCUCUCAGGAAAAGCAGUGAAGGCAGCAGCAUCCUGGGAGGAAGUGAUGAGCCACUCACAUCCCCAGGACAGGCACAGCCCUCGGUGGCUGUGCCCCCAGUGCCACAGGCUAGGCCAUGGAACCCCGGUCAGCCUGGAGCUUUGAUUGGCUGUCCUGGAGGCAGCAGCGCUCCCAUGCGCAGAGAGACCUCCGUGGGUUUCCAGAACGGCCUCAACUAUAUCGCCAUCGAUGUGAUAGGCGAGCAGGGGUCUUUGGCGCAGUCUCAGCCACAGCAUCCGCAACCAGGAGACAAGAACUCCUGGGGCCGGACCCGUAGCCUUGGGGGACUCCUCGGCGCCGUCGGAGGCUCUGGCACCAGCGGAGUGUGUGGCGGUCCGGGCACUGGAGCCUUGCCCUCUGCCAGCACCUAUGCAAGCAUCGACUUCCUGUCCCAUCACUUGAAGGAAGCCACAGUCGUGAAAGAGUGAAACACUCCCAGCUCCAUCGCCGCCGCCGCCGCCGCCGCUGCCGCUGCCGCCCGCCGCCGCCGCAUUGAGAACUCUGAAUCCAUUCGAAGGAGAUGCUUAGCAUGUUUCCAACCAACGCUGCUCACUUUCCUUUCAUCGGGAGCAAUUCUACAUUCUGAGACUUCUGUGAAUUAGAUAAGGAACCAAGAGGCAGCUCCGCCUCUCAGCCAUCCCCACACACCUGCCCUCCCUCACCCUCGCACGGUUUGCGUUGCAUUUCAUUUCCUUUGUAAACUACCGGGCUGAUGGAGUACACUCCGGGAGAUUGGAUGUUUCCCCUGUCGCCGGCUUCCAUAAGCCCUGACCAUUGCUGUCAUGUCUCUUGUUACUUUAAUUUUGGCAGAGCGAAUUAAUCCCUCAGCAUGCACGAAGAUGCUAUAAUACACAUGGAAGUGGUCAAAUCUGGUAUUUACUGGCUUACAGUCAAAACUACCACAGUCCUACCUCAGUUCAGGGUGAAGCUGGAUUGUUUGGCAGGGUACAGGGCGGCUCUGCCCCAGGAUCACAUGCUGACCCCCCCGUCUCUCUGUUAAGUAGAUGUGGACUCCAGUCCAGGUACCUACUCACAGAGCCCAGUGUGGGACUGACAAUUCUCCGUGGGAUUGGACUUGAAGAUGGAUUAAUCCUAAUAAUUCCUAAAUGUGACUGGAGCAGCCUUCUUUUGGAGAUCAUCAGCCGUAUUUGGGGGUGGGGUGGGGAAGGGUGGAUCUUUGUAUCUCUAACAGGCUUGUUGACUCUCUCUCUGUAGAUGUUCAUGUAAGUACUUCAGAUUGCAAAAGCCUUUUCUCCCCUCCACAAGCCUCCUGUCUCUGAAUCUUAGCUCGCAUUCCUCAAACCAAAAACUCAACAUAGGCAUGCUCGCAGCGCAAGGCUGGUUUGGGUUUUGUUUUUUAAAUAUAUUAUCUCUGACAUAAUGUUACUUUCAUUGGCCAACAAGGUUGCCCUGAACAGGAGGGGAGGCAUUCCAGCCGCUGUACUUGUAAUGGCUAAAGAAGACAACCAUCUCCCUCCCUACACUUGCCUGUCAACGGUUCUUGACAGAGACUACCCUGGUUCUGUUGUCAGUGUUCUGGAAAUGUCAGUGUUGUGGAAUUGUUUCACAUGUCACCUAGAAGGGCUGAGCUUGCCGGCGGAAUCGCCGUCACCUCGCUGCUCCGUCACAGGGCUGGAGGCCCUGCCUCCCUGACCCCCACUUCCCAGUGCCUGUCUCCAUAGUCCUGUAGAGGCUACACUAACUCUUGGAAAUGUGAGUUGCUGGUUUAUUUUUUAUCGUUGUUUUGUUUUUGUUUGGGAGAAUUAUAUAUAUAUAUAAAUAUAUAGAUAUAUAUCACUAUAGAAUAAUGCAUUGGUAAGGUAAGAAGGGGCUUUUAGAGGACGACCAAAAAAAAAUUCCAUGUCUUAAAAAAUAUAUUUAAUGGCAAUGCAGCUGUCUUCCUGCUUCCAUUGCUGAGCUUGUAGAAGAAGGCUGUAUUGCAAGACAAAGUUGAAUGUAAAUUGACCCCCACCCUUAGAGAAUUCCCCAGGUUCACCUUCCCUUAGUACCCUCCAGGUACACGCCUUAGCAGUACACAGGCCACACACUAGGCUGGAAGUCCCUUCUGGUGUGUGCUGUACCUUACUGAGAUGCUAAAGGGUCUCCUGAAAUCUUGCCUAGUGUUGAUGAGGAGCCUGCACUGCGUUUGCUGUGUAACUGGAUCCCCCAGGGAUGACAGUAGGGCUGAUCUGCCCACUGCAGUACACUGAGGCAGAUGGGACACACCCUCCAUGCUGGGAGCGGUCACCACAGGACACAGAUGGCACAUGUCCCUGACGCAGCUGACACGAGCGAAAAAGAGAAAUCGAGAAUACACUAACCACCCCCUCCUGUACAUUUCAAGAAGAGCAGGCGUAUGCAAUAUUUACAUCUUUAAUUUAGUUUACAGAAUGGAACCAAAAUGUGUAAGUGUUACGUUUGCCACACUUCAUGCUGUAUAUUGGGUCUUUGUACAUUUUGCUUGACUUAAUCUUAAAUUUAAACUAUUUUUUGCUAUAUAAAUUUUAACAGUUAUUAAACAGUGUUUUCUUUGGGUACAUGUUUCCUGGAUACCAAGAUGUUAAAUAUAUUUCUCGCUAUUGUGUUUCAAAAAGAGACUCGCCCUCCCUGUUGUCUUCCGCUGUACAUGCUGUAUAUAGGGGUCACAUGAUGCCGCUGAAGACAAGAAUAAACUGGAGUAGUUUAGUAUGCUGUAUUUAGUCUGUAUUGACCAUGGAUGCCCUCCUUAAUAGCCAUAUGCAAUAAAAUAAAAUACAUUAUUUAUGAGAUGGA